AUUCUAUAAGAACUGGGGAAUUAAAACUAGUCGGAGGUGGGCGGUUGAGACCGCAAAAUGGAAUAUAACAGCCUCGUACAGUCGGGGGGAACAAGGUGACACAAAACCGCCGUGCACCACCGCCCGCCGCGACAACUAUGGCGGAAGACGACGAUGACAGCUUCGGCGAUUUCACCUUCGCAUCUACGAAUUCCCUCAACACCCAAUUCACCCUACCACCCAAAUCAAUCGACCCCUCCGCUGAAGACGAUGAAUGGGGUGAUUUCGUCGAACACCCUAGCGGAUCUGAACCUUCCACUGCAUCCUCCCUCACCCAAUCUAAACCCUUCGACCCUUUUGGUAAUAGUCCUUCCGUUUCUGAAUCUGGGUGGGUAAAACCUUGUGGUGCUCUUCCACUUUCAUUAUUCGGCGAAGCAGAAGCAGAAGAUGAUGACGUGGAUAAAGAGAAACAAAAGCCUGCUGAAGAGAAUACCAAUACUAAAGUAAGAAAUAACGGUUCUAAUUCCAAUUUGGGUUAUGGAUUUGAUUCAGUUAUUUCAAACUUAUACAACCAAGAUCACAACUUGAAAUCACAAAAUGGGUCUCUUUCAAAUUCCAAUAAAUUGGUAGGUUUGAAUAGUGUUAAGUCGAAUUCCAAAGAUUCCGCUUUCCAGUUGAAUGGGUCGGGUUUCGAUCCAAAUUCGGGUUCUCCUUGUGUUAGUAGAGUGCAGAGCUUGAACUACCUGGCUAGCUUGAAUGAAGAGGUUCAACAGAUCAAGACAGGAAGUACAAAUGUAUCAAAUUCAAAUUUUUCUAUGUUGAAUCCGGACUUUGAUUUGUCCAAAUCUAAUCAGAAUGGAUUGGACAGAACUUUGAGUGUAGAUGCUGUAACAAGCUUGAAUGAUCAGUGUCUGCAGAUCAAGACCAAAAGCACUGGGUUUGAUUUCGAGUCGAAUGCAUCGAGUUCAUCAGCAAAUUUCACAAGUUCUAGUUUUGGUGUGUGGAAUCCGGUUUUCCAUGUGUCCAAAUCCAAUCAGAAUGGUUUGAAUAGAACUUUGAGUCUGGAUGGUCUCACAAAUUUGAAUGAUCAUCAGAGUCAGCAGAUUAAGACUGAAAGUGGGGUGCUGGUUCCCAAUUCAAAUGGUUAUAGUUCUUCUGUAAAUGCACCAAGUUCAACUUUAAGUGGAUGGGACUUCGAUUUUGGUGGAUUUGGAUCCGAUGCUGGGAGGUCGAUUUCUACAGCUAGUCCGGAUAUUAGUGGGUUGAAUUCAAACUUCAAUGCUGUUGGCUCAAGUGAAAAUUUGAAUGAUGCUCACAACAACAAUGAUGACAACGAUGAUGAUGAUGAUGGAUGGGAGUUCAAGGAUGCUUACUCAAUGUCAACCGUCAAAGAUGGUAACAAUAAGGCUACCUCAGAGGCGAAAGAAUUGCAGCAAACUAAUGCAUCCUCUUUCGCUUUUCAUAAUGGCUUGAAUGGCUCAGUCGACUUGUUUGCAACAUCUAACGGAUCGGUAACAGCUGAUUCUAAGGCACAUCACGCUGGUGACAUGAAGGCAUAUUCCUCUGGAUUUGGCAAUAGUCUAAAUGGUUCGAUCGAUUUAUUUUCCACGCCAAAUGAACCAAUUGAUCUAUUUGCAACAUCAUCAGAUGGUAGAGGUGAACAAAAAGAGAGUAAUGAUUCACUGGACCCUCAUCCAGUUGUUGGGAGUGCUGAAACCGAUGAGGAUUUUGGGGACUUUACGACGGCAUUUUCAGAUUCUGGAUUGAAACCAGAGGAAGAAUGGAAGGUUAAUGAUGUUACUCAUUAUGAACUCCAAGCUUCUGAAUGUGAUGAUAAAGACCAGGUGAAGGAGUUAAAGUUAGAGAAUCAUAAAGGGGCUCUUCCCCUAUCAAUAUUUGGUGAUGAAGAGCAGGAGAUUGAUGGUUCAUCUAAUAUUGAAGAUAUUUUUGUCCCCCAUAAUGCUUCUUAUUCGAAGAAUGAUAGAAGUCCAGAUUCAAACAUUUCCAUUAAUGAUCUCAUUUCAAAUUUAUAUAGCCAAGCUGAACAAAUCUCACCUGCUCACUCUGUUCAAGUACCAAAUAGCAUCAGUGACAAUCCACAAGAUUUAGUCUCAAAUUCAAAUCUGGUGAAUGGUGAGGAUGACUUGGAUGAUGGUGAAUGGGAGUUUAAGGAUGGCUCUUCUCAAAUGAGAACAGAUAACGAUACUUCUCUUCUUACUUCUGAUGAUCCACCAAAGAGAAGCUUUUCCAAACUCAAUCUGGAUAAUUAUUUGGAUUUGUACUCUAAAUUAAGGAAGGAGUUGUGCUAUCAUGCUAAACGCCAUCUCGAUGAGCUUAAGAGAGCUCAAAGCAUUGAUGGACUUCCAGUAGAGGAAGCAAAAAUUUCAACGCUUAAUAAGGAAAUUGAGGAGGCUUGCAAGGAUAUUGACCUGGAUAAUGCUAUGUGCAAGGAUGGCCAUAUGGAAGGACAUUUACAUCAGAAUGCUUGUAUGAGUGCAUUUAUUGAGAUUUUGCAGGAACCAGAAUUUCAAAUACUUGAAUCAGACUACCAAUUAUCAAGGAGACUAUCAUUGGUGGAGAAUGAUUUGGAAACAACAGUGGAUCUUGUAAGACAUGCUACAAUGAUGCUAAAGAUUUUGAGAUCAGGAUCUUUGGAGGAGCAAUCAAUUUAUGUUUCAGUAUGGUAUAAAAUGAUCUCUGUUUGUGCCCAAGAGUUGCAACAUGGCUCCUGUAUCUGGAAGAAGAUAUUGGAAAUGAAUGCUCAGAGUCAUAUGUUAUCUCUCCCUCGAGGAAGGGCAUUCGUCCGGGCCCUGGGUGAGAUCUAUAGGGUUACUGUAGUGCUUGAAGCAUCUGUGAAACUUUGCAAACCUUGGAUUUGGUCGAAUUCUGCUCAGUGUACAAGUAUUCAUUCUAUGCUAGAUGAAUGUCACACUAUGUGGUCCUCUUUGGGUCUUGGAGAAGCUGUGUCGAGUAUGUUAGACUCUGCUUCUUCUGGAGAUGGGAGUUCUGUUGCUUCAUUGCUUGACUCUAUCAAGUUAAUUCAUAGUCUUGAUGCACUUACCCUUCAAAAACAUCUCUAUGCUCAGAAAGAAGUGUGUAGGCUGUCGCUUCUAACUUUGGAAGUAUUACCAGGGUUGAAACUUAUCGACUGGAAUGGAGAGCAUUACUUCCUCACACUUGCAAAUCUGUGGGCAAACCUUAUAAGCAGUGACCCUCCGGAGUUGCCUCAUUUAACUAUUGGAUGGUGAGAAAAUAUCUAAGGUUGGUAUCAAAUAUGUGAUGUGUCAAAUCUGAGAUGAGGUACAUGGAUUAGCACCAUGUCAACUGGAAAUUGCUUUGCAGAGGCUGCAGUGAGGAAUGUAGACUGCUUAUUCUCCAGGACUCUGGCCUUUGACUUAAUUGGAAGAGUUUUGUGCGCACAAAAGUAUGCUCUCGGACAAAAAAAGGUAGCUCUGAACAUGGAGAAUACUGAGAGGAAUGUGCAGAAGCACAGCUUGAGGAUCCUUUACAAACAGAGUAGAAAGAUGCAGUGAGACAUGAAUUACAUUGAUUUUGGUUUUGGCAUUCUUUUCUCGCAAGAUAUGUUGUAAGCAUAGUAUCAGUAGGUCAUUAUUCCGAUUUUCCCCUCAAUUGGGGAAAGGGAGGAGGUGUGUGACCUUGGUCACGGUUGUACCAUUAAGUUGCAUGUGUAUAAGUUGUAUUUAUUUGGUGAAAUCUUAUGUUACAUCCAUAAAGAUAGAAGUAGGAUUGUAACUUGUAAGGAAACAGAACAAAGAUCUCGAUUCUUUUGCAGCGCCUGUUUGCUUAAUUUCUGA